AUGGAGGGGGAGGGUGGAGGCGGGGCCUGCGCGUCGGAGGGGCGGGACCUAGGCGCCGGCGGCGAAUCCAAUGCGGUCUCUUGCGCAGGCCCCGCCCCUGCGCGCCCCGCCCCUCGGGCCGCCGCCGGCGCCCGGGGCGUCCGGUUCUGGCGGCGGUGGGGCGCGGUGGGGAGCCGCUUCCAGAAGGUUCGGCGACUGUUGGGCGGUGCCGAGCGCGGCAGCCGCGUGGAUCAGCCUCGCCCCGCGCCGCGCGUGUCCGCGGGGGGGAGGGGCCGUCCCGGCAGCCGACGCUGGGCGGUGGCGGAUACAGCGCCCCGCGAGGUGGGCGAGCCCGGGCUCGGAGGCCCUGGGGCUGGAGUGCGGCAGGAAGGCCUGCGGGGGUCCGCCUCCGGGGCUUGCACUCUCGAAUCAGCCCCUGACGGGAAAUUGGAGGUCCCCCCACCCCCCGUAAACGAGCAUUUACGGCGGAGCUGCUGGGCCGGCAAGAGUCUGAAGCCGACGCCGCAGAGCAAGGGGCUGACCACGGUGUUCUCGGGCAGCGGGCAGCCGAUCUCCCAGCCCGAAGCGCCGCUGCCGCAGGCGUCGCCCGCGCCGUCCCGGGCCCGCAGCCCCACCCCGCCGGCCGUGGGGCCCCAGCCACUGCUCAACGGCAGCGUGGCGCCGGCGCCGCCCGCCACCCCGGCGCCAGGCGUGCAGCUCGACGUGGAGGCGCUCAUCCCCACGCACGAUGAGCAGGGCCGGCCCAUCCCCGAGUGGAAGCGCCAGGUGAUGGUGCGCAAGCUGCAGCUGAAGAUGCAGGAGGAGGAGGAGCAGAGACGGAAGGAGGAAGAGGAGGAGGCCCGGCUGGCCAGCAUGCCUGCCUGGAGGCGAGACCUCCUGCGGAAGAAGCUAGAAGAGGAGAGGGAGCAGAAGCGGAAAGAGGAGGAGCGACAGAAGCAGGAGGAGUUGCAGCGAGAGAAAGAGCAGUCGGAGAAGCUGCGGACGCUGGGCUACGACGAGAGCAAGCUGGCGCCCUGGCAGCGACAGAUCAUCCUGAAGAAGGGGGACAUCGCUAAGUACUAGGUGCCGCCCUCCUGCUCGCAGCCUCGUGAGCUCUGGGGGCCCCAGUCUCCGCCCCGGCCUGCCCGGCUCCGGCGGAAAGGGCUGGGAGCCGCGCUGCCUUUCCCCUCCCGCGCUGGAACCUCUCCCUGACCCCGCUCCGGCCCCCGCAUGCCCAGCCGGGGGCGCCGCUGGAACGCGCCCGCCGCCGCCGUCGCCCAGGAAAAGUGCCCAAGCAAGCUGUUGACGCAAAAAGAUGCUGCUUAUUUGCAUGCCUAUUUACAUAUAUUUGCAUGUUCGGUGGAGGUCGCGCAGAGCGCUCCCCAGCCCCGUGGGUGGCGACCUUGUUUUCCUGCCGGGCGCGCGCCCGGCCGCAGCCCCCUCCCCCGCACCCCGGAACCCACGCGGCGGGCGCAUCCUGGGCGGAGGCAGGCCCCGCGCUCGGGGAAGGGGUUUUCCUCCCGUCGUGACCCAGAUCUGCACCCGGCCCGCAUUUCCCAUCCCCGCCGAGGGUUUCCUCUCAGUCAUUUGUUUACCAGAAACGAUGAAACCGGCAACCUGCCCGUCGGGACCGAGUUGCCGCUCCGGGGGCCCAACCUCUGCCUCCCCCCCUCCCCCUCGCCCUCCCCCUGGUGAAGUCCGCGCCCCCCUCCCCCCGGGUCCCACGAUUCCCAGACCCUUUCACGACGCUGGUGGCGUGAGUGCGAGGCAAGGGUCCCUGCGCUUGUGUCUCCACCUGCUUCCUCCCCGUCCCCGCCAUCCCGCACCCCCAUUAAAGCUCUCUCAGCCGC